AUGUCUGAAAGUCGGGCCUGGAUCCGGGGCUCACUGCGGGAAUCCCUGACACGGGGGGAGGGGGACGCCCCCGCCCAUGCAUCUGCUGAGGUCUGGGACCUGGACAGAAAUAACAUCACCAGGAUCACCAAGACGGACUUCGCUGGACUCAAGAACCUCCGAGUCUUGCAUCUGGAGGAAAACCAGGUCAGCGUCAUCGAGAGAGGCGCCUUCCAGGACCUGAAGCAGCUGGAGCGACUGCGCCUGAACAAGAAUAAGCUCCAGGUUCUUCCAGAAUUACUCUUCCAGAGCACACCGAAGCUCACCAGACUAGACCUGAGCGAGAACCAGAUCCAGGGCAUUCCCCGGAAGGCGUUCAGGGGCAUCGCGGACGUGAAGAACCUGCAACUGGACAACAACCAGAUCAGCUGCAUCGAGGACGGAGCCUUCCGAGCACUGCGUGACCUGGAGAUCCUAACCCUCAACAACAACAACAUCAGCCGCAUCCUGGUCACCAGCUUCAACCACAUGCCCAAGAUCCGGACUCUCCGCCUUCACUCCAACAACCUCUACUGCGACUGUCACCUGGCCUGGCUUUCCGAUUGGCUGCGCCAGCGCAGGACGGUGGGCCAGUUCACGCUCUGCAUGGCUCCCGUGCACCUGCGAGGCUUCAACGUGGCGGACGUCCAGAAGAAGGAGUACGUGUGUCCAGGUCCCCCUGCGGAGGCUCCGUCCUGCAGCGCCAGCUCCCUCUCCUGCCCGUCCGCCUGCACCUGCAGCAACCACGUGGUGGACUGUCGAGGCAAAGGCUUGACCGAGAUCCCCGCCCACCUGCCCGAAGGCGUCGUGGAAAUACGGCUGGAACAGAACGCCAUCAAGUCGGUCCCGGCGGGAGCCUUCACCCAGUACAAGAAGCUGAAGCGCAUAGACAUGAGCAAGAACCAGAUCUCCGACAUCGCUCCCGACGCCUUCCAGGGCCUGAGAUCCCUCACCUCGCUCGUGCUGUACAGGAACAAGAUCACCGACAUCGCCAAGGGGCUGUUCGACGGGCUCGUGUCCCUGCAGCUGCUCCUCCUCAACGCCAACAAGAUCAACUGCCUGCGGGUGAACACCUUCCAAGAUCUGCAGAGUCUCCACCUGCUCUCGCUGUACGACAACAAGCUGCAGACCAUCAGCAAGGGGCUGUUUGCGCCGCUGCAGUCCAUCCAGACACUCCACUUAGCGCAGAACCCAUUCGUGUGUGACUGCCACGUGCGGUGGCUGGCGGAAUACCUGCAGGACAACCCCGUGGAGACCAGCGGUGCGCGCUGCGCCAGCCCCCGCCGUCUGGCCAACAAGCGCAUCAGCCAGGUCAAGAGCAAGAAGUUCCGCUGCUCAGGCUCUGAGGAUUACCGCAGCCGGCUCAGCGGCCAAUGCUUCAUGGAUCUGGUGUGCCCCGAGAAGUGUCGCUGCGAGGGUACGGUGGUGGACUGUGCCAGCCAGAAGCUGUCCCGGGUCCCCGCUCACCUCCCUGAAUACGUCACCGACCUGCGGCUCAACGACAACGAGAUCUCUGUUCUAGAAGCCACCGGCGUCUUCAAGAAGCUGCCCAACCUCCGGAAGAUAAACCUGAGCAACAACAAGAUCCGGGAGGUGCGAGAGGGCGCCUUCGAGGGAGCGGCGGCCGUGCAGGAGCUGGUGCUGACCGGGAACCAGCUGCAGGCCGUGCACGGGCGGGCCUUCCGUGGGCUCAGCGGCCUCAAGACCCUGAUGCUGAGGAGCAACCUGAUCAGCUGCGUGGGCAACGACACGUUUGCCGGCCUGAGCUCCGUGCGGCUGCUCUCGCUCUACGACAACCGCAUUGCCACCAUCGCCCCAGGAGCCUUCACCACGCUGGUCUCCCUGUCCACCAUAAACCUGCUGUCCAACCCCUUCAACUGCAACUGCCACCUGGCCUGGCUGGGCCGCUGGCUGAGGCAGCGGCGCGUGGUCAGCGGGAACCCACGGUGCCAGAGGCCCUCCUUCCUCAGGGAGAUCCCCAUCCAGGAUGUGGCCUCCCAGGACUUCACCUGCGAAGGCAACGAGGAGAGCAGCUGCCAGCCGAGCCCGCGCUGCCCAGAGCCGUGCACGUGCGUGGACACCGUGGUUCGGUGCAGCCACAAGGGGCUACGGGGCCUCCCCGCCGGCAUGCCCAGGGACGUGACGGAGCUGUACCUGGAAGGAAACCACUUGACCACGGUGCCCAGGGAGCUGGCCACUCUCCGCCACCUGACACUCAUCGACCUGAGCAACAACAGCAUCAGCGUGCUGACCAACUACACCUUCAGCAACAUGACCCACCUGUCCACCCUCAUCCUGAGCUACAACCGGCUGAGGUGCGUCCCCGUCCACGCCUUCCACGGGCUGCGCUCCCUCCGAGUGCUAACCCUUCACGGCAACGACAUCUCCAGCGUCCCCGAAGGCUCCUUCAACGACCUGACGUCUCUGUCACACCUGGCGCUGGGAACAAACCCUCUGCACUGUGACUGCAGCCUGGCCUGGCUCUCGGAGUGGGUGAAGGCCGGAUACAAAGAGCCCGGCAUCGCCCGCUGCAGCAGCCCCGAGUCCAUGGCCGACCGACUCCUGCUCACCACGCCCACCCACCGCUUCCAGUGCAGGGGGCCAGCGGACGUCAGCAUCGCCGCCAAGUGCAACGCCUGCCUCUCGGGCCCGUGCAAGAGCAACGGCACGUGCCGCCCGGACCCCGUGGAGCAUUUCCGCUGCGCCUGCCCCCCCAGCCACAAGGGCAAGGACUGCGCCGUGCCCGUCAACCCCUGUGCCCAGGACCCCUGCCAGCACGGCGGCACCUGCCACCUCAGCGAGGUCCACCAGGAAGGGUUCAGCUGCUCCUGUCCCCUGGGUUUUGAGGGGCAUCGGUGCGAGGCCAACCCGGACGACUGUGAGGACAAUGACUGCGAGAACAACGCCACCUGCGUGGACGGCAUCAACAACUACGCGUGCGUGUGCCCGCCCAACUACACGGGCGAGCUGUGUGACGAGGUGAUCGACCACUGCAUGCCUGGGAUGAACCCGUGCCAGCACGAGGCCAAGUGCGUGUCCCUGGACAAGGGGUUCCGGUGCGACUGUGCGCCCGGCUACAGCGGGAAACUCUGCGAGACGGACGACGACGACUGUGUGGCUCACAAGUGCCGGCACGGGGCCCAGUGUGUGGACGGGGUGGACGGCUACUCCUGCCUCUGCCCCCAGGGCUUCAGCGGGCUGCGGUGCGAGCACCCCCCGCCCAUGGUCCUGCUGCAGACCAGCCCCUGCGACCAGCACGAGUGUGAGAACGGCGCGCAGUGCAUCGUGGUGCAGCAGGAGCCCACCUGCCGCUGCCCGUCCGGCUUCGCGGGCCCCCGCUGCGAGAAGCUCAUCACCGUCAACUUCCUGGGCAAGGACUCCUACGUGGAGCUGGCCACCGCCAAGGUCCGGCCCCAGGCCAACAUCUCCCUGCAGGUGGCCACCGAUAAGGACAACGGGAUCCUCCUCUACAAGGGGGACAAUGACCCGCUGGCCCUGGAGCUGUACCAGGGCCACGUGAGGCUGGUGUACGACAGCCUGAGUGCCCCGCCCACCACGGUGUACAGUGUGGAGACGGUGAACGACGGGCAGUUCCACAGCGUGGAGCUGGUGAUGCUGAACCAGACCCUGAACCUGGUGGUGGACAAGGGCGCCCCCAAGAGCCUGGGGAAGCUGCAGAAGGGGCCGGCGGUGGGCGCCAACAGCGCCCUCUAUCUGGGAGGUAACGGCCCGCGUGGCCCCGCACCCUGGGUGCUGCUGCUG